AGAAUAAUUGUUAAAGAUUUGGGUCAUUUGUUGUUUGGAGAUAUUUGCAAAGACAUGGGAGACUCAGCUUGUCUCAUGCAACCAUUUUCUUAUACUGCAGGUAUUCCCAAUGAUUCCAAGGAGGGAAACCCAGUUCUUGGACAGUCGAUAUCAUUCGGGAGAUUCAUGUCGGAAUCCUUGUCAUGGGAUAAAUGGUCUACGUUUUCUCAUAACAAAUAUGUUGAAGAAGCUGAGAGAUAUGCAAGGCCUGGUUCUGUGGCUCAAAAGAAAGCUUUCUUUGAAGCUCACUAUAAGACCCUUGCUGCUAGGAAAGCAGCCGCCUUGCUUGAACAAGCCAAGAACAGUGCAACCAUUAAUGCUACUGAAACUGAAGCUCAAGGUCCAGAAACUGGCUCCAUUUAUGAAUGUAAAGAGACUAAUUCUGAAUUUGUGAAGAUUGAGAAUAGAAAUAUGGGGAUACUAGCUGCUUCAGUUGAUGAACCCCAAGUUCUUUUGGAGAAUAACAUGAAAAAUCAAUCUUUUGAAAAGAGUGAGGUUGUUUGUAAGGCUGAAAUUAUAGAUAAUAAAGAAUUGGAGCUCAGUGAAGGAACUCAAAUGGAGAAGCCUCUACUUAAGAAUGGUAAAACAAAUCAAGAAGAAUCCGAGGUAACAAGCAAGAAGAAACCUUCACAUUCUUCUUCCUCAAAGGUGUCAGCUAAUGAAUGUGAUAAAGAAUUGGAACUCAGUGAAGGAACUCAAAUGGAGAAACCUCUACUUAAGAAUGGCAAAACAAGUCAAGAUGAAUAUGAGGUAACAAGCAAGAGGAGACCUUCACAUUCUUCUUCAAAGGUGUCAGCUAAUGCAAGGACAUCAAAGGUGCCAUUUUCACCUGCGAAAUUCAAAGCUCCACUUCACCCCAAUAAUGGAAACAAUCUCACCCCAAUGGCCAAGAAGUCUGCUGCAAUUGACACAUCUGAAAGAAAGAGACCAACACCAAAAUCAAGCCACAAGUCUAUCAACUUCAGCCCUGCAAAAGAACUCAGUAAAUCAACUUCCACAAGCAUCAGGAAGAUCGAUGGUUCAAGAAUUGAUUCGAGCUCCAAAGCAUCUAAAGAAUGUCCAACACCUUUAAGGACUCCAAGCAAGGUUUCUAUUAGUGGAAAACCGAAACAAUCCUCAGCCACCCCUUGGUCCGAAAACCGAAGUGGUAGAACACCGGUUAAUUCCUCAGCCAGUAUCAGCAAAACAGCUUGCGGAAAAUGGAGCUUUCUUCCUACAGAUUGUUCUAGGAUUUUGAGUGGCCGCAGAAACAAAUCACAAUCACCUGGUAUAUUUGUAUCCUUCAGUUUGAGAACUGAAGAAAGAGCUGCUAGAAGAAAACAGAGGCUUGAAGAGAAAUUCAAUGUUACUCAGGAACAAAAAGUACAGCAGCGAACAACUCUCAAGGAAAAAGCAGGGACCGAACUCAAGAAACUACGACAAAGCUUUUGCUUCAAGGCAAGACCAUUGCCAGAUUUUUAUAAAGAAAGAACACCUAAAGAUCAGAUUCAAAAGGUUACAUUCACAAAACCAGAAACACCUGCCCUAGGAAGAAAGUCCACUCCCAGCAAAGCAAGCAUUUCCGAAAGAAAAAACUCUCUCCCUCAUCGGAAGUCUUCAAUUAAGAACACUUGCUUCAUGCGUGCCCCGGAAAAGAGAGAAAGAGUUUUAGGUCGUUCUCUUGCUGCACAAAUCGCGAUGACUGCUCAUGAGAAUACAUCACCAAAUAUCCAGAAUGCUUAAGGCUUUACAAGAUUGUAAAAUUUCGCACGUCAGUUGUAUGAAUACCACUAUACCACUAAAUUCUAAUGCAGGUUGUCUAGAAUUGGAUGAAAUGCAGGGGCUGUAAAACAAAAAAUCCCUUUCAAACUUUAGCAAAUUCAUAUUUGUAUGCAGUAUUUCUUUAUGUAAUUACUACUAUUUAAUAACAUAUUGCCACAACAUUUAUGUGCC